AACUAAUGCACUAAUUUGCAAGCGCUCAUCCUUCUAGAACUUACAUAUCCUCACCAAGCAGGUUUUUUUUUGGGUGGUUGUUUGAUAAUGCUUAACGCCAAACCUACUACCAACAGUUUUGUGCUCGCAGGAAGAUCCAAGCUUGGCUCAUUGAAGCUACAGCCAUUGACGCACGCUCCUACAUCGGGAAUACAUGCUGCUUUUUGGGUAGUAAAUGUCCGGCAGCAGACUAAACCUGCAUCCGUCGAGAAUCCUGCCAACAAACAAAAUGCAACCAAAUGUAAAGCAUAUACCAUUUGCAGGCUUCUGGACCAGUAGAUUUGAAGGCCGGCUCGGAUGGCCCUGCUUCCGUCAGAGGCAAAGAGGCAAAGAAUCCUUGUGGUUAAGCUUUCUGUGGCGCAGUCAGAUUCAUAUACUCUUUGAAAUGUGCUGUUGGUGGU